GCGGUGAUGCUCAACUGCCGAGCGGAACCAACUACAUCGCUCUGUCGUCAACGCUGUCAACAAGACAGCAAUUUCACAAUCAUGCCUGCUUUGAAAUUUGUGCAAUCAGUUUGGGAGUCGUUCCGGGCAUCUUCGGGAUUGGAACCAAGGCUUCUCGAUGGACUCCGAGUGACAAGUGCCACACCCGGCCGCGUCAAAUUUGAACUAGACAUCGAAAAGGAACAUACUAACCGUCUGAACAUUCUUCACGGCGGCACCAUAGCUUCCAUGGUCGAUCUUGGCGGCUCACUAGCUGUUGCAUCUCGCGGGCUGUAUGCGACAGGUGUUUCUACUGAUCUUAAUGUCACCUAUCUGUCAUCCGGCGGCAAAGUUGGUGAUCGGAUCAAGGCCGAAGUAAGCUGCGACAAAUUCGGAAAGACCAUGGCUUUCACUUCUAUUCGUUUCAUGAACGACAAGGAUCAGAUGUUCGCGAGAGGCAGUCAUACCAAGUAUAUUGCUUUGGCGUGGAAGGACCCAAAGAAUAUCGUUGAAGAGCUGACACCCAAAUCUCAGGGGAAGGAGUAG